AAACGGCAGCAACAUCAUCAACCGGAUAAUCUCGUCGAGACCAUGAAACCCCUAAUGAUCCUGGUGGCUCUGGCCGGAUUGGCCGCUUGCGCUCGGGCGGAUGUCUCGCACCUGUUUGGCGGAGGUCACCAGCACGACCAUCAUCAUCACCACGAGCACGAUCACCAUGAGCACUACGAUGCCCACUCCUCGCACUCGUCUUCCGGUCAUGAUCACCACGACCUGCACAUCGAUCUGCACUUCCAGCCGGAGCCGCACCAUCACCACCAUCAUGUCCACGAGGCCAAGUUCGACAUUCCCAGUGGAUACAACUAUGGGGGACCGGAGAAGCCGCGCCAGAAGUAUCUACCUCCCAAGGUCUCCCUGCCACCGCCACCUCCUCCGCCGCCAGUGGUUCCAAAAGCAAGCUAUCUGCCUCCCUCCAAGCCGGAGGUGAAGUAUCUGCCCCCAGAGCCAGUGGCGCCCAAGUAUCUGCCACCCAAGGUUGCUCCCAGCCUGCCUCCGCCACCACCUCCCCCAGUCCUGGCUCCCAAGCCCACCUAUCUGCCUCCUAGGCAGCCGGAGACCAAGUAUCUGCCUCCCUCAAAGCCCGAGGUGAAGUACCUGCCCCCAGCACCUGCGGCCAGAUAUCUGCCUCCUAAGGUGGCGCCCAGUCUGCCGCCACCACCUCCUCCGCCACCAGUGGCACCCAAGGGACUGUACCUGCCACCUGCCAAGCCGGUGGAGAAGUAUCUGCCUCCCUCCAAGCCAGUGGAGAAGUAUCUGCCUCCUUCCAAGCCCGUCGAGAAGUACCUGCCGCCUCCCAGGCCUGUGGAGAAGUACCUGCCCCCCAAGCCGGAGCCGCAAUAUUUGCCACCAGUACAGCCCGAGGUGGAUUUCCACAUUCCCAUUCCGUCUUACGCUCUGCCCCUGGGUCCAGCCCCCAGCUCGCUGCCCGUGGAGAGCCACGACUCCGAUUCAGGUUACCAAUACAAGCCACCACUGCGUCGCUUCCGUCACUAGGAUAACCCCAGCAACACUCACAAUCUCCCCACCAACUCAUAAACCCAGCACCUGCAUCUAGCUUUAAGCUGUACAAAUUAAAAAAGCAUUUAAAACCCCAAAAACCAAGAGUUAAUGGAGCGG